CACUGGACCUGUUCUCCCUGGAAGCAGCAAGAGGCUCACGCAGUUUUUCUCAGCUUUGAUGCCAUAACUCAGGAGAGGAAUAACAUUUGGCAUGAUCAGAGGAGAGCCACCUUUUCCUGUUUGGUUGUUGUGGCGUUACUUUGCCUCCUUUUUAUUAGUAUUCCCCUGUCACAGCACUAGCUAAACUAGUGAACUGCAACAAGGCUUUUACCAUCGCAUACCAGGUUAACUUCAAUAAAUAGCUCCCAUGCCUUACCCCAGUACAGCCACCGAUACCCCACAAGGCUUCAACAGUUAAUCUACUAUCCAUGCUGUUCCUUCAUCCUCUUCAGGCCAGUUCACCCUGGUGCAUCGGGAUUCUUCCUUCUCCAGGCUCUUCUUCCAGCCAGGCUCUCCUCACCCAGGCCCCCUGCUUCUCCCAAGACCGCUCCUUGUCUUUCCUACAUCCGGGGCACUCAUUCUCCUCCCUGUUUCUUCCAGGUCUCUUGUCAUUCAGUCCUCUUCUUCCAUCCCCCUUAGAGCUAUUUAACUACUUAGCAGGAACCAGCCACAGUUGCACAUUAUCCACAUCAGCCAACCCACUGUCCCUGAAGCCAGCCCACAGCUGUAUAUUAUCAAUAUUAAUUAACCCAGCUUCAUUCCUCUACAUUUUCUCUACGUUCCCCCGAGGCGGGGAUGAGGGGAGAAUUCUUAUUCUUCUCUUCCUUCUCUGUAUCCCUUAUACCCCUCAGGAGGGAGCAGGGAACCUGCCCCUAUCUUCUUUCCCAGCUACCUUGCGCUCUGCGAGCUGCUGCCUACUCUCUGCAUGAGAUGAUGAGAUGGGACACUAAACGCGCAAAUGCAGCUCACCAAUCUGCUCUUUUCUUUGUCACUAGCUAGCUAGCUUCCUCUUUUCUUCUUUGCCCCGCCCAUGUAGUUGUGCGUCUUCGCUGGCUCUUGGGCGGGGGUGUAUGAGGGCGUGUUGUGUUUCUGUAGGAGUUGCUCCCCUUGCGGCUGCAGGGGGCAGCGCUGGGGCCUUGUGGAGUUGUUUUAGGCGCCCAGACGGCUAUUGUUCGGAGCUUGUCUCUGCUGGUGAAAUCUUUCCCUCGUCCCGGCUCUGCUUUCUGCAGGCGGAGGCGUGGGGAGGGGGAAGUCGUCGCCACCUACCCGGCGUGCGGCGGUCGGUGUGGGGGGAGGUAGGAGGGGGCGAGGCUCAGCAUGAUGGCGGCUGAGGCUGGGGCUGAGGAGGGCGGCUCGGUUACUUCCGCUGGGAUGGCGGGAGCUGUUGGCGGAGCUGAGUCGGAGCACUACCCCUUCUUAUGCCGGGGCAAGGAGCUGGAGCCGCAGGGCCCCUGCCUGGUGGGCUCUGACGGGGACAGCCCGGGCGCCGGCGGUUCGGCUUUGUGCUCGGCGCUGGGACUCCUGGCGCUGGGUUCGGGGCCUGCUUCUCUGGUGUCCGGAGGCGAUGGCACCGUGACAGCGACUGGCCAGGGCCAGGGGCCGGAGGUGUCCGGAGGGGUGCUGCCCCCACCCGAAUCCAGCACUGUCGCUUUUCCCUCGCUGCCGCUGCAGCAGCCACCUUCCUUGGCGGGGGGGCUGGGGACCGUGGACGAAGGCGACUCGUUGGAUGGGCCGGAGUAUGAGGAGGAGGAGGUGGCCAUCCCGCUCAACGCUCCCCCCACGAACCAGUGGUAUCAUGGAAAACUCGACAGAGCAAUUGCAGAAGAACGUCUUUGGCAAGCAGGAAAACCUGGAAGUUACCUUAUUCGAGAGAGUGAUCGGAGACCGGGUUCAUUUGUGCUUUCAUUCCUUAGUAAAACAAAUGUCAAUCAUUUUAGGAUAAUCGCCAUGUGUGGAGACUAUUACAUUGGUGGACGUCGCUUUGCUUCACUCUCAGACCUAAUUGGUUAUUACAGUCAUGUGUCUUGUUUGCUGAAGGGGGAAAAACUGUUCUCUCCAGUAGCACCUCCAGAGCCUGUGGAGGAUAGAAGGAGAGUUCGAGCAAUUCUACCUUACACCAAAGUGCCAGAAACUGAUGAAAUAAGUUUCCUUAAAAGAGAUAUGUUUAUUGUUCAUAAUGAAUUGGAAGAUGGCUGGAUGUGGGUUACAAACCUACGGACAGAUGAACAAGGUCUUAUUGUAGAAGACCUGGUAGAAGAAGUGGGAAGAGAAGAAGAUCCACAUGAAGGCAAAAUAUGGUUCCAUGGGAAGAUCUCCAAACAAGAGGCUUACAAUUUGUUGAUGACAGUUGGUCAGGUGUGCAGUUUUCUUGUGAGGCCUUCAGAUAAUACACCUGGUGAUUAUUCACUUUAUUUUCGGACCAGUGAAAAUAUUCAGCGUUUUAAAAUAUGUCCAACAUCAAGCAAUCAAUUUAUGAUGGGAGGCAGAUAUUAUAAUAGUAUUGCUGAGAUCAUUGAACAUUAUAGGAAAGAACAGAUUGUUGAAGGAUAUUACCUUAAAGAUCCUAUUCCAAUGCAGCAUCAAGAACAAAUGCUUAAUGAUACAGUGGAUGGAAAAGAAAUCUACAGUACAAUUCGUCGCAAAACAAAGGAUGCUUUUUAUAAAAAUAUUGUCAAAAAAGGAUAUCUUCUGAAAAAAAGUAAAGGAAAGAGAUGGAAAAACUUGUACUUUAUAUUGGAGGGAAAUGAUGCCCAGCUUAUUUAUUUUGAAAGUGAAAAACGAGCCACAAAACCUAAAGGAUUAAUAGACCUUAGUGUGUGUUCAAUCUAUGGAGUACAUGACAGUUUAUUUGGCAGGCCAAACUGUUUUCAGAUAGUAGUUCAGCACUUCAGUGAAGAGCAUUACAUCUUUUACUUUGCAGGAGAAACUCCAGAACAAGCACAGGACUGGAUGAAGGCUCUGCAGAUGUUUUGCAGUUUAAGAAAAAACAGUUCAGGGACAUCAAAUAAACGUCUACGUCAGGUCAGCAGUCUUAUUUUGCAUGUAGAAGAAGCUCAUACGCUCCCCGUAAAACAUUUUACUAAUCCGUAUUGUAACAUCUACCUGAACAGUGUUCAGGUAGCAAAAACACAUAUCAGGGAAGGGCAGAACCCUGUAUGGUCAGAAGAAUUUGUCUUUGAUGAUCUUUCAUCUGAUAUUAAUAGAUUUGAGAUAAGUCUUAGUAACAAAACAAAGAAAAGUAAAGAUCCAGAUAUACUGUUUAUGCGUUGCCAAUUAAGCCGAUUACAGAAAGGACAUGCAACAGAUGAGUGGUUUCAACUCAGUUCCCAUAUACCACUGAAGGGUAUUGAGCCAGGAUCUUUGCGUGUUCGAGCACGAUAUUCUAUGGAGAAGAUCAUGCCAGAAGAGGAGUACAGUGAGUUUAAAGAGCUCAUUCUCCAGAAAGAGAUGCAUGUAGUCUGUGCCUUAUCACAUGUUUGUGGACAGGAUAGAACACUCUUGGCUGGCAAUUUAUUGAAGAUUUUUCUUCAUGAAAAGCUUGAGUCAUUAUUGUUACGAACACUAAAUGACAGGGAAAUAAGCAUGGAAGAUGAAGCUACCACUUUGUUUCGUGCCACCACUUUAGCAAGUACACUUAUGGAGCAAUAUAUGAAAGCCACAGCAACACGUUUUGUUCACCAUGCACUGAAAGGCAGUAUAUUAAAGAUAAUGGAGAGCAAGCAGUCCUGUGAGUUAAAUCCCUCAAAAUUAGAAAAAAAUGAAGAUGUAAACACUAAUUUGGCACAUCUGCUCAGUAUACUUUCAGAAUUGGUGGAGAAAAUAUUCAUGGCUGCAGAGAUACUGCCUCCGACGUUGAGAUAUAUUUAUGGAUGCUUGCAGAAGUCAGUUCAAAACAAGUGGCCAGCUAAUACCACAAUGAGAACAAGAGUUGUUAGUGGCUUUGUUUUUCUUCGACUGAUUUGUCCUGCUAUCCUGAACCCAAGGAUGUUUAAUAUAAUCUCAGGGGUACACAGGUCCUGCCAGAAGCCUGCUCCAGCACAGGUCCUCCACGGGUCACAGCCUCCUUUGGGCUUCCACCUACUCUGGUAUGGGGUACUCCACAGCCUGCAGGUGGAUAUCUGCUCCACUGUUAACCUCUGUAGGGGGAAUCUCUGCUCUGGUGCCUGGAACACUUCCUCCCCCUCCUUCUUCACUGACCUUGGUGUCUGCAGAGUUGUUGCUCUCACAUAGUCUCACUCCUCUCUUUUGGCUGAUCUUCUGCAGCAGGUGUUUGGGGUUUGUUUCCCCCUUCUUAAAUAUGUUAUCACAGAGGUGCUAUGGCCAUCGCUGAUUGGCUUGGUCUUGGCCAGUAGUGGGUCUGUCAUGGAGCUGGCUGGCAUUGGCUCCAUCAGACAUAAGGGAAGCUUCUAGCAGCUUCUUACAGAAGCCACUCCUGUAGCCCCUCUGCUACCAAAACCUUGCCACACAAACCAAAUACAUCCUUGUGAGAAGAAGAAGGGAACGGCAUAAACUACUGGUGGGAAAACUGUAGUACUAAGAUAUUAGGAUAUCUGAGUUCUGUACUUUUAAAAAGUUUGUGUAUGUUAUACUUCAUCUUUGUGUCAUCGUUCCCCCCCUCCUUUUUUUCUUUUGGCAAAAAUCAUCCCAACAUAGAGGGCAUUUGGUUUGCACUUGCUGUUGUUUUUCCUCCUUCCUUCCCUAACACCUUCUCAAUUUUACCUGUAAAAUGCUGAUUUGGAAAUAGGAAGAAAUCAGAAAUCACUUGUAUCAAAAACACUUUGAGGAAAAAACUUCUCCUUUUUUGCCUUUAUAGACAGCUUUUCAGACAAUGUAGCAAGUUUUUGUCCUCUCUCUUUAAGCUAUACUAAAUGAGAAGGCCUUAGUCAGUCCAAAAGUUCCUUUCUCCCUUUACUAAUUUUCAUACACACUUUGGGGGAAGCAUUUAAGAACCAUAACCUCAUAUAUGGUGAUCCUUUCUUUAGUAUUUUUACAUCUUCAGAUUUGUGAAUGACAUAUUUUCUAACUUGGGGACUGCAUUGAGACCACAGCUGUAAAUGGAGUUGUUAUCCAUAAAUUUUCAUAAUCCCCUUUAAGCUUGUAUGUAAGUGUUAUUCCUGUUUAGAAGUUGAAAUAAUAUUCUUCACUUUUGCUAAGGUAAAUUUGCAAACUCUAUAUAGGGCUGUUAGAGCUGUUAAAACAAAAACAAAAAAAAAGGGGGGCUGCUCUUUUGGAACAAAGCUUCUAACAUACUUCCUUGCUGUAAUGGGGCAGGGAAGGGGAGGGGAAAUAUUCUGAAGGCUCGGUGUAUAGAGUUCAGUUUCAGCAGCAAUGUGCCUAUCCUGUCACCUCAACAACUGUUCUCAAAAAUCUUUACUGAAAAAGUCAUUUGUUUCAACCUUCUUAUUUGUUUUUUUUUUUUAAAGAUUACACUUUAGAUCAGUUCUCUUCACCUGACCUUCCCAAUUCUAAGGCUAGUAAUGUUUUCCAGCAUCGCUUUUUCAAAGGGAUGUACAGUACUAAGCACUGGAUGCUACGAACAACUGAGAUUAGUUGUAUGAUUAGUGCCUCAGUCUAAGCUCCAGCUAUGUCUUAAAAGUUGGAACUUAUUUUUUAAUUAAUUGCAAUGCUGAUCAGGGAAGGGGGCAGAAAGACAGAAGAUCAAAACAUACAAAUAUAGACAGUGAAGAGUAUAUAGCAUUCUUAUGAAGCACUGUGAAAUUUAGAGUUUAUAUAAUAGCCAUAUCAAUUCUGGAAUACUUAAGUGGCCUGUAAGUGGAAAGUCAGGUUUGACCAUAACUGUUUAAAAACAAACCAAAAAAACCUGUGCUUAACACUAAUCUCUUAGUCAGUUAUAAACAACUUUUUCCAACAAGUGAUUGUACCAGAAGUUUCUAGCAUUUGAUUUGUGCAGUAAAUAGCAAUACAAACCAUGAUUGCAUGCAAUGUUUAGUCUAUUUUCCCGGUACUCAUAAUUUAAAGUAUAAUUUGCAUAACAAUAAAGGACCUACUUAUAUGGGUAUAUGCAAAUAAGAAAAAGGAUAAACUUAAUUAUUUUAUUAGAUUCUAAUAAAAAAAAUCAUUUAAACAGAGCUGUUUGAUUUUUGUGAAAAGGCUUUUCACUUAAUUCAUAAAACUUUUGUUAACCUUAGGCUUCUGAGGAACGCAUUAUUUUGCUUUGUUCUGUAAGCACUAGUACAGAAAGUCAGAUAUGCAUAUUAAUAUUUUUUGCGGACAUAAUUAAUAAAACAACAAAAGUUUACUUGAUCAUGAGAUAUUUUCCACAUGCAGUUCUGUUACAGCAUUCAAAGUAUUUAAUUCCAUGAUAAAUAACAAAUUGUAUAAGAACUUAACUUCCAUGUGACUACUGGAAGUUUUAAAUGAAAUGGCCAAUAACUCUCAAUUU